CCUUGUCUGAUUAACGACAUUAACAAGAUGGGACAACCUGCUUUCAUGGCUGUUCUUCUGUUCGUUGUCCUGAUGGUCCACUACGGUCACUCCUGCGGGAGCUCCAGCUCCUCUGGAUCCUCAGGCUCCUCCGGUUCUUCCGGCUCCUCAGGCUCCUCCGGCUGCUGCUGUUGUGGAAGCAGCUCCGGCUCCUCUUCCUCCUCCGAGGACUACCCCAUCCCAAUCCCCGUCCCAUACUCUAGCGGCGGCAGCAGCAGCAGCGGCAGCAGUGGUGCCUCCGACGCAGCCCUUCUGCAGGCUCUCAUAAACGCAGGGAAAUAGACUUGGCGAUUUUUCGUCCAUACAGUGGUAAAAAUAUAUCGGAAAAAUCACAACUGUUAUGCGGACGUAAAUAAAAAACAUGAAGCAUUCCACAGAUGUGUUGGGUUAUAUUGUGUUCCUUUCUACAAUUACUA